AAGCGCAGCCCGAGGGGGCACCGGCGGGUCGCACCAGUUCCUCUCCAGUCCAAGCUGCCAUGGCGAGCGGGCUGGCCGUGGGACUCUUCGCCGUCCUCGCCCUUGCCCCGGGCAAGGGCGCUGCAGUUACUGAAGAACUCGUGGUGGGAGAGGUCGACGGGGAAACGACCCUGACUUGCCGGAACGCAUCCCGGGAAGCGUUCAGGGUGGAAUGGUUUCAUGGAGAACCUGGCGCUAUCCCCAUACUUUUUUCCUCGGACGGCAACCUCCCUUCCGACGCUCGCUUCACUUUAGUGGGGAACAGUUCCUUGCACAUCUCCGGGCUGCGUCUGCAGGAUGAAGGCAACUACACUUGCAGGGAAGUGUUGAACAGGACAGAUCACCUUCACCGGAUCCAGUUGCUCAUGGCCAGUGGCCCCAACAAGGUGGAGGUCAACAUUUUCCCCACUACGCCGUUGCCCAACGGCACACUCUAUGCGAAGAGACAUGAUAUCCUCAACUUCACCUGCACCAGUGAGUCCCGGCCUGAACCCACAACCAAAUGGGAUUUCAGCCAGUCGAGUUCCAUACCCGAACUCUUCGCAGAAGACAACAGCUCCCUGGGUUAUUUUAUCCUCCACAACAUGCUGCCCUCGUACCAAGGGAAUUACUCGUGUUCCGCAACCAACCUACUCAGUCACCGCCAGAAGACCGUGACCCGCGAACUCUUGAUCUACUAUCCUCCGCCAUCCCUGCCCCAGUGCUGGGCUCAGACCACGGCAGAAGGCUCUGGUGGGGUGCAGCUGUUCUGCAGCUGGCCAGGGGGUUACCCCCAUCCUACACUCCAGUGGACAAAGCCGGAGAACCUGAGUUGGGCCAUCAACACUACAUCUAUAACGGACACCGCGGUGGCGACUCUGAACAGCUCGCACCUGCGCAAUGGGAAGGCGUUUACGUGCCGUGGAAGCCAUAUUGUGAGUCAGGAGGGCAACCGAGGCUGCACCGUGCAGUUGGAGGCCCCUUCCAUCGCCUCUGACCCGACAAGGAGCUGCUUUGUCGGGAGACCUGCAGUGAUCACCUGCCAGGUGACAGCUGGCAAUCCGCCAGCCCAGAUCACCUGGCUCCGCAACCUCUCCCAGCCAGAGACAGAGAUCCAGUCAGGCGGGCGAUUACUCGUGAGCCAGGAGGGCAACGUCUCCACCCUUUCCAUUCAGAACUGUUCCCACGCUACGGACGCCGGUUAUUAUGUCUGCAAGGCUGAGAACCCCCUGGGGCUGAGGGGGGUGUACGUUUACCUCACGGUAACCGAGCCCGUGAACAUCGCCGGCAUCGUGGGAACCAUCGUGAUGCUUUUGCUAGUGGGAAUUCUGAUCCUAUCUGGAAUCCUUUUAUAUGCUGGUCCACGUUGGUGCCCUAAAGGCAAUAUGCUCAGGAGCCGAGAUGCAAGUGACAUCCUUGUGCUGAUGGAUUCCGAGGAAGAGGAUUCAUUGGCAGAAACACCUCGUGAGCCUGUCGUGUGUCUGGCUGCAGCGCUGUCGAAUGGCUGUUCUACCAGGCCUGCUGGAAGCUCCCAUGCCGAGGCGCCCAGUGAAAUUGCCCUAGAGGAAACCAAAAAAGAGGGCCAGCCCACCAUGUAGAGGAGUUCUCCACCGUUGCCUUUAUGCGCUAGGAACCAAAGCAUCCUCACGACGUGGCCGAAUCCUGAUCCCGAUCCAGACCAGGGAGAAAGGGAUCUUCCAGCAGCGGGCUCACUUUCUUUCUUUGCCCACUUUGCCUCACCUUUCUUGUCCGCUCGUUGCAUUUUUCCAACCUGUUUUCUCUUCCCUCUGUCUGCCUGUUGGACUGUGAGCUUGAAACCUAAUGCCCAUCAGUGGUGACGCCAGGUUUGGGCCCCGAAGUGCAGUUCUGGGGUCCCACGGUCCGGGAGGGCCCCCAAAUGCCCCCCACAAGCAGUGGCAGCCAUGAUGCAAGAAAUGUGUUUAGGUGCAGAAGACAGAAGUACAGUAGCUUGUCCCUUUGGAGCAAGGAAGAGGAUCAAGACCAUGUUAGGAAUGAGCUUCGGCGAACUAAAUGUACCCUGUGGCAACGAUGCUCCAUCGUAUUCCAUGAUAUGCCUGGGACUAGAGGGCAGUCUUAACCAGGCACCAAAAAGAUGGUAAUGUUGGCGCUGGGCGGGCCUCACUGGGGAGCUCGUUUCAUAGCCGAGGGGCCAGCACUGAAAAGGCCCUCUCCCUUGUUGGGCUGGAGAAACAUCUGGAGCACAAUACCAUUUGGGCAGGACCGUAGAUCAGCGGUACAGCCCCUGCUUUGCAUGCAUCAGGUCUCGGGUUCGAUCCCCGUCAUCUCUAGGUAGAGCUGGGAAAACUCACGGUCGAAACCCUGGAGAGCUGCUGCUGCUGGUCGGUGUUGGCAGUACUAGGCUAGAUAGACCAAGGGUAUAAAACAGCAUGAUGUCCAGCAUGGAUCUUUUCCUUGUGAAUGGAAAAACGGGAUGCACAUGAAGGCUCCAAUGCGCAGGGUGACAUCCCAAGGGGUUGAUGCUUCCCUUGCCUGUUUUGUUCCAGCAUCUAUUCCUUUAGCUGCAAGGAUGUGGAAGUCGUUGGAAGGAAUUCGUUUGACCCGAAGCAAGUUCAACAUGCCUCCUGCUUCUUCUCUUCCGACAUCCUCAGGAGGACAUGGAUUUAGGUUUAGGGGCAACCCAAGCCUGCAUAGCUACCUGGCCGGUGGUCAAUCUUGACCUAGAAACGGGAGAACCUCUCCAUUUCGGUUUCACUCAGUUUCCCCUUUCCUUACUGUAAGAUCCCAUUUCUGCAUGAAUUUGUGAUGUUGGGGUGACGGGACAAGAGAGGAGAUGUGAAAACUCAGCACAUGUUUUUGUGCCCACUUCUAACGUAUGCGUUUUUGUUCACACGUUUCCUAAAGUGCACACUUUUUGUGUGUUCCUAAUAUGAUUGUGUUUGUUCCUGAUAUGAUGCGUUUUUGUGCAUAUCCCCCGCCCCGCCCCCCCCAACCGCCGUGCCAUACCUGUGUUUUCAUGUGUCCUUGAUGGACUCAAUUCUCGGCUUGUGAACUGCAUCGCAAAACUCUGAAAAGUGCAGAUUUGGGCACGCGGAUGUAUUCCGGUUCGCCUGUAAUAGGAGUGCAGAAUCUCUCGGCCCAAAAGGUCAAAUUCUAUUUUGGGGAAGCCCUUUUGGGGCCAUGUUCCACUAGUGAGCGGAGUUGAAGACAAAAGGAACAAGGCCAAUUCCCCCACCCACCCCCUGGACAAAAAAAAUGUCAGCAUAUCUGAGCUUAGAAGUUCUUGCUGCCAGUAAUGAAGCCUUAAGAGAGGCAUUUGACCUAUAAGAAUUGGAGGAAAACUUUGCAAAAACUGGGAAACCACUAUAUUAUCAGUGUUGGGGGGCGGGCUUUCUGGCAAACCCCAGAGGGCCAGACAAGGACUCCUAAAGGACUGCAUUCAGCCCCCAGGGUUGAGAUUCUGCAAACCAGGCUUAUAGAUUCAGGACGACCAAACUGGAUACGUCUGUAUAAGAAUUCAGACCAAAUAAAUUUCUCCUCCAUCCCUACUCUGAGCUGCUAGUGGUGCAUGGAGACUGGUCCUCUGAGCAUAGGUUGACAGAGCUCUUUCUGACUGGGUUCAGUUGUCACGAAAACCCACAAUGGCUUAUUCAACCCAUCAAGGGUUAUCUUGUCAUGUGGUAGGAUAUUUUUAACCCACGAUGGCUUAUUUGGCUGAAAUAAGCUAUUCUGAGAACUUAUGCUGUGCAGAGUGGGUUAUGUAACCCAUCGUGAGUUAUCGUGUCAUGUGGCUGUCACCGUGGGUUAUUUCAGUCGCCUACAGAGUUCCUGGCCUAGAAUUUCCUGUCCUCAGAAUCCUCUAAUUCUCCUCAAUUGGAGUACUGUUAGAAGGCCUGCAUUUUAAGAAGGAUGAAUUCAUUUUCCUGGGCUUGUGUAGAUGAAGCUGGUGGGAUGCCCCCAGCUUUUCCAGUCCACCCAUCACCCGCAUGUCUGUCUAUGCCACAGGCCAUCUGGGCCCAUGGGGUCUGGCGAGCUACUGACCCGGAAAGAAUGGCUACCUUGAAGCAAACUUGAUUCCAAAGAGCUUCUGAGACGCAAGAUUUGAUUCUGUAAAAGUCUCUGUGGAGCUGAUCUGUUGCUUAUGGAAUAAACAUUUGUGGAUUUUG